AUAUUUCGGACAAUGGCAAAACUUUCAGUGGGAAUUGCGAUUACGGAAAUAGCAGUUUCGAGGUUCAUAUGAUGUGCAAAGAUCGUACAUGGCAAUACACCGAUACGUCACGGACGUGCACUUAGAUAUUGAUGAUAUACGGUUGGUUGGCGGUGUGAGAUCCAGCUUCGGGACGGUGGAAAUUAAAGUUGGCGGUAAAUGGGGUACCAUUUGUGGACGAUCGUAUGACAUCGAGAACUAUGCGGACUACAACGUCUCCGAACACGAAGCUAGACAACUUUGCAAAAUGCUUGGAUUUAUGAAUGACAACGUGAAUUUCAAAAUAGGAACACACUUUAUGAAGGUAGACCGGCCGGUCUUUAUCGACAAACUAAAAUGCCCGGAAAAUGCUACUCAUAUUGACAACUGUACAUACAGUCGCGUUCCGGAGUGUUAUCAUGAUGACUUGGUCGCUCUUUAUUGCGAUGGAAGCGAUAUAUCAACUCGUCUUACGGGAGAGAGUAGUCCUUAUAAUGGAGAGGUUGAACUAUAUGGUUGGUCAACAGAUUCAGGUGGAACAAAUAAUAGCUGGACGAAAGUUUGUGGGCAGUCUUUCAAUAACCAUUUGGCAACUUUAGCCUGCACAAGUUUAGGACUUCGUUUGACGAGCAGCAGAAAAAUGCUGUUUAACGAUUUGGAAGGAUUUCUACUUGAAAUACAAUGUCAUGGACACGAAACUAGCUUGCAAGAAUGUGAUUUUAGGGCAUGUGCUGAAGUCACAGACCAUAGUCCCUUAACAGCAGUCCACUUGACAUGUUCGGAAUGCGGACUUCCAUCGAAUUUUUAUGGCGAAGUAUUAAACGUAUCAACAGAUGGUCGAAUCAUGCAUGGACAAUGUUCUAGUGGAGAUACAUGGUUCCCGGUUGAAAUGGAAUGCAUAAAUGGAUCAUGGACUUACACACAGUCUUCUCUGAUCUGUGAUAAAAUCGGAAUCGAUGACAUAAGGCUCGUAGAUGGAAUGGACGCAUACUCUGGACGAGUGGAGAUUUUGAUAGAUGGAGUUUGGGGAACUCUAUGUGGCUCAUCAUUUGAUUCAACUACUUGGGAUGUAGUUUUCGCUGUAAAUGUAGCAAGCACUUUGUGUAACAUGGCCCUUAAUACAACGGAGUAUGGAUCACGUUAUUGGAGCUCGGCGUUUUACAAUACUGAAUUCGGCCCAGGGAACGGACCUGUAUUUAUUGACAAGAUUCGUUGUCCUUUAUCUGGAACCCACAUAGAUAAUUGCACAUAUUCUAGGGUUUCACACUGCGAUAAACAUAACAUAUUAUCGGUUUCUUGUGAAGAGUCAAACAACGUUGUGCCCGUCUUGGAAGAUGUCCGUCUUGUCAGCGGAAAUAGUGUUUACGAUGGGAUUCCGGAGGUAUUCGUAAGCGGAGGAUGGUGGGCGGUAAUGCCAAACAAAAUCAAUGAAGAAUUUGCAACAGUUGUUUGUACUAUGUUGGGGAAAAACUUCACUGCCUUAAUGCAAGAGGAUGGUGAAAUAGAAGCACCUCUCUUCGGAAUAACCCCCGUAUGCACUGGAUUGGAGAGACACGUUAAUGAAUGCGGCGUUGUGCCUGGUUAUAAUUCCUACGUGCAAUACAACACAUCGAUCCACGUUUUAUGUACUGAAUGCGGCAAACUCGACACGUUUGAUGGACAUGUUCGGGAGUACAACAUCAGUUCAAGAGAAGUAGAGUUAAUUUGUGGCGCGUUGUGUCCCCAUCCUGACUAUAUGACAAGUACAUGUCAAGGUGAUGGCGUUUGGACCACAGUUUCUAACUGUUCAGUUAAUUGUGGCAACAAGGCAGAGCUUCAGAAUGUCAUAUCUGGAAGCGUGAUAUUAUCAAUAAGUGGUGUACCAGGGACCUUAUGCGGUGAUGGUUUUACAGCUGAAAACGCAGUGGUUAUGUGUAGCCAGUAUAGAUGGCAUCAACAAGAAUCGCAUUUCGUUGCUGAAAAUGUUGACAUCAAUGAAUCGUCAUUGGUUGACACCGUUUACAACUUUGCAUUUCAUUGCAAAGGGACGGAAACCAAUUUGUUUCAAUGUGUGGCAAUGCAGCUUUCAUCGUGCAAACAAAACAGUGUAGUGGUACAGUGUUUCACAGACGCCGAUGCAACAAACUGUAAUUCGAAUAUAAUGGAUGUAAGAUUGAGUGGUGGUAGCGGUCCUUUGGAUGGAAGGCUUGAAGUGUUUUCCGUCGGUGAAUGGGGAGUAGUUGAUCAACGACUCUUCACUAAAACUAAUGACGGGCAAUUGGUUUGCUCUGCAUUCAACUCCUCAUUUUCUGGGUUACUGUACCAGUAUAUAUCCACGGAAGAGAGAGUGCCAUUGUUAUUUGGUCGCAUGCUGACUUGUACCGAUCUCUUGGAUAAUUGUGUUAUCGAACCAUACUCUGAUAAUCUGCUCGGAUUCGGGUCUUGUGGUCAGGAGUUUAUCUACAAUUAUACAUAUAUGGAUGGUCAAUUAUAUCGAGUUUUAAACGAUGUCCAUGAGAAUGUUGAUUCCGUACAUCUUUUUUGCACAGAUUGUGGUAUUCCGGAUAUAAAUGGUGGACAUAUUGUAUCAUAUGAGUCUUCAACCAAGACUCUUACAAUAUCUUGCGGAUUAGUAUGUGCAGGACCUGAAGUUUUGGUGGACAUUAUUUGUUUGGGAAAUGCCUCUUGGUCAGAUCAUGUCGAUUGCUACAAUUUGUGCGAAUCGGUUAACUCUGUUGGAUUGCUGAACACAUGGGCUGGCCAUGUGAUUAUGACCAUUGAUGGCGUAACCGGUGUGCUCUGUGCCGACAACUUCGAUGCAAACGCUCUCAGUGUUUCCUGUAAAAAUUCAUGGCAUGAUUACCCAACAACUCGAUCUUUUAGCGUUCAACAAGUUGCAAUAGAGCAAUCAGAUAUAGUUUCCACGAUUUUUAACUACAGUUUUAAAUGUUCCGGAUCAGAAUUAUCUUUACUGGAAUGUACUUAUACGAGAUCAGCCAAAUGCACCGGCGGAAGUGUGUAUGUUAAAUGUAUCCAAGAACAAGAUUUUUGGGUUGAUAUAGCUAAAUUGACUCCAAUGGGUGUGCGUCUUUUUGGCGGAAAUUCCCCAUAUGAAGGUCGACUUCAAGUGCAAGCUGGCGGACUUUGGGGAAGUGUAGACGGUCAGGCUUUUAACGAAUGGGAAGGAGAAUUCGUAUGUUCCUCUUUGAAAAAAAGAUUGACCAGUUUCGUAAGCGUGAUCACUGAAAACAAGACAGAACUUGUUCACUUCACGGAUAUGUCAUGUGUUGGACCAGAUAAUAACUUCUAUUUAAGCUACUGUAAAGUUACGCCAUAUCAACUUCGGGAUUACUUCGAAUAUUUCAUUGACCUUGAGCAGCAUGUGUAUCAAAAUGGAAUACAAUUUGCUUUGCUAAAUAAUCAAUUAAAUAAAACAAACGACGUAUCCAUAAUUUGCACAGAUUGUGGACUACCAAGCAUUAUUGGUGGCAAAAUUGACGCUUACGACUUCUCGACUAAUACUCUUACUGUGGAUUGCGGACUCAUCUGCACCGGGAAUUUAUUCCUUGAGUGUUUUGAUAAUGGAAGUUGGUCUGACAUCGCAAACUGCUCAUCUUUCUGUGGCACUCAGAACAACAUAGAUCUGCUUCAUUUCACCUUUGGAGAAGUGAUUGUCAGAAAAGAUGACAUACCUGGAACAUUGUGUGGAGAUGGUUUUGAUUUAAAUGACGCCUCUGUGAUUUGUAGAAAUAAAGGGAUCGACAACGGUAUCGCUGAUGUACAAUUUAAUGCCGAGAUGGUUGAUGUCAACUCCUCGGUAGUUGUACAAACAACAUACAAUGUGGACUUCCAGUGCAACGGCAUGGAAUAUUCCCUGCUGGAAUGCUCGUAUCGUACACUAGAUCGCUGUGAUUCAAAUGCUGUUUAUGUAUCCUGCAUUGGCAACCCUUCCGGAUCCAGUUAUUACCUCUCAGAUGCAAGGCUAGUUGACGGCUUCAGUCCCUACAGUGGUCGGUUGGAAGUAUAUACAAUGGAUACAUGGGCAACUGUUGUCGAUUUUUCAGUUUCCUUCACUAAAGAAUUGGGGAACAUGUUUUGUUCACAUUUUUCUCUAAGAUACACUGCAUUUUCUGUUGACACUACCAGUAAAAUGAACACGAAACCAGCCAUUUCCUCAGACAUUGUAUGUCCAUCAUAUGACCAAAUUACAUCUUGUUGGUACUAUCCUUUCUCUGACUACAUUAACUCUCCUGGUGGAACAACAAUCCCUCGUUAUUCAUACGUCGACGGGGAGCAGCACAAAAUACUAGAACAUAUUUACGAUCACUCAAGAGAUGUGUUCCUUAUAUGCACAGAGUGUGGAGUUCCUGCCGUUAUCGGUGGUCAAAUUAAGGCCUACGAUCAUUUAACAGGCACUUUAUUUGUGGACUGCAGUCUUGUUUGUUCGAUGAACUUGACUUUGACAUGCUUGGAAAAUGGCAGUUGGUCUGACAUUGCGAAUUGCUCUUCACAAUGUGCUCCAACGAACGACGUGGAUCUUCUUCAUUUUACAUUUGGUGAAGUGAUCUUAAAACAAGACGGAAUCCCGGGCACAAUAUGUGGGGACUAUUUUGAUACCAACGAACUUGAUGUUGUCUGUAGAGAUAAAUGGAUUUCAGAGUCAUAUAACCGUAAAUCUUACUCAGUCCAGCACGUAGAUGUUAAUUCAUCCCCAGCUGUCCAAACUGUAUAUAACGUUUCAUUCCAAUGUGAUGGCACUGAAAAUACGCUUUUUGAAUGUCCGUUUCAACAACUGGAUAGCUGCCAGAUUAACGGAGUUUUCGUAUCCUGUAUAUCUCGACCCUGGUACUCCAGAACCUAUUUUCUGUCCGACGUUCGAUUGGUUGAUGGCAAUAGCCCUUACAGUGGACGAUUAGAAGUUUUCACAAUGGGAUCGUGGGCAACCGUUGUUGAUUCUAGUCCACAAUGGUUUAGUAGCGGAACUGUCUUCUGUUCCCGAUAUGAUCUUUUAUUUUCAUCAUACAUCAUUGAUACAACACGGGAAAAGAAAACGAAGCCAGCAAUAUCAUCAAACAUCCGCUGUGAUUCAGAUCAGCUUUCUAGUUGUUGGUACAACCCGUACUCAAACAAUGGUGAUUCUCCUGGCGAUGUGAGUUACAACCCUACUUACACAAAUAUCGAUGGUCAAGAAUAUAAGGUUUUGGAAGAAAUAUACGAUCAUUCUCGAGACAUUUACUUGAUUUGCACAGAAUGUGGUCCGAUUUCCGUUGAAAAUGGGGAGAUAGUCGACAUAUCUGCCGAUGGUAGUAUACUGGCCAUAACAUGUAACUUCGGGUCGGUUUAUGAGACGCUUGAGGUACAUUGUAUUAACGGGACAUGGAACGGAACAUCAAAUUGCGAAAUUGCAGGAUACCCUUUACUUGUACGAGACAUACGGCUAGCUGACGGCAAUGGACCUUUUGAUGGAAGGGUUGAGAUUUUUGUAGGGGACACAUGGGGUACAAUUUGUAGCGAUGGUUUUGACAUGCUCGAUGCUGAUUUUCUAUGCCAAACGUUGCAGAGAAAAUACAUUUCUUUCCCGAGCCGUGCUGGAGGAUUUCUUACAAACGCAUUUUACGGCGAAGGAACAGGGCCUGUGUACAUGGACCGUUUGGACUGCACAGCUGUUGGGGGAAAUGACUUAAGUCAUUGUUAUUAUGUUGUUAACAACACCUGCACACAUAGUCAAGACAUUGCUGUGGUCUGUCACGAUUGUGGACCACCGAAUACCUUUUGGGACUUUGACUUCUUCAAAUGGAGCGGAUUUUCUAUGAUCGCCGACUGUUCGUUUUACAGGACCUAUCUCGGAAAUUUAAGCAUGGAGUGUAGCGGAAAUACAGGGCAAAAUUGGGAAACAUCAGGAACGUGUUACGAAUAUUCUGCUCCCCUUGAAAUAACGAAAACACGGCUGGUUGAAGGCAACAGCACCAAUACAGGCCGAGUUGAACUUGAAGUCCACGGAUACUGGGGGACAAUAUGUGCAGAUGGUAUAGGACUGAAAGAAGCACACGUCUUGUGCCGAAUGCUUGGAUAUUCAUCGGCUCAGAAUUUUUACCGAAAUUUUACAAACCCGCGGACGUCUGGUCCCAUAUUUGUUGACGAGCUUGAUUGUUCAGAAACAGAAACUUCCAUCAACGACUGCUCUUUUGAAACAAUGCAUGACUGCACACAUUUACAGGAUAUUUAUCUGAACUGCUCAGCGUGCUCUACACCAGCGAUUCCCAACGGUAUUGCAAAUACCUCGGCAACGAUAGUUGGCACUGUCGUUGAAUUUGUGUGUAGAACUAAUUACCGUCUCGAAGGGAACUCUGUUGCUCUAUGCCAGCCAAAUAGAACAUGGACAGACUAUCCAGAAUGCAUUUUAAUAGACUGUGACGACCCAACUCCAUCUCAUGGUCAAAGUAGCAAUACAGACACGAGUCACGGCGCUGAAACAACGAUCAGCUGUGACGAGGGGUAUAUCUUGAGUGGCAUGUCAGAAAUUGUCUGCCAGUAUAAUAACACAUGGACAUCAUAUCCUGUAUGCAACAUUAUUGAAUGUAAUGAACCGCAACCUGAAUUCGCCGAGAUUGGUGGAAAUGGGACCAAAUAUGGAGAUACAUUGGUAGUACGAUGUUUGGAAGGCUACGAACCGGACGGAGGCACAACAAUAUAUUGCAUGUUUACUGGAGAGUGGUCGGAAUGGCAGACGUGCACGAUUAAAGAUUGCGGAGACCCUACUCCAACUGGAGGUUUUACGAACAGUACUAUAACCACCUACGGAAGUGCCGUACACAUAUCGUGUGAUCCAUCCUUCACCAUAUUGGGCAGUGCCGAUAUUGUUUGUCAAGCCACUGGUACCUGGUCAAAUUUGCCCAUUUGUGAUCCAUCAGACUGUGGGAAAUUUCAAAUUCCUAACGCCCAGGUUGACUUCACCGAGGGAACUUCAGCGGGCAGUAAGGCAUACAUCAGGUGCAACAGUGGCUAUACUCUGAAUGGUGCAAGCGAGGCGCUUUGUGACGAGUCUGGAUCUUGGAAUGAUGAACCUACUUGUAGUCUAAUAGAUUGCGGGGAUUUUCAUAUUUCGAAUGGACAAGUUGACGAAAUGACCGGCAAUCAGUUUGGCGACACAAUGCGUGUUUCUUGCUCUACUGGAUAUGAUUUGGUUGGCUUUUCUGUCAUUAUAUGUAAUGCGGACGGAGCUUGGAGCAAUGAUCCCCACUGCCGUAUUAAAGAUUGUGGUGUGCCAGCUUUAUCGGUCAAUGUCAAAGUUGCAUCAGAAGGGACUCAAUUUGGGUCUAUCGUGACUUUUAAUUGCAACGAGGGAUAUCGCUUGGUCGGACCACAACGAUCCGAGUGUGGGUCAGACGGAAGAUGGUCAGACGAAUCGCCUGUUUGUAUAGCAAAAGUUAAUAUCGGAGGAAUGUGUGCUGGGGAUGACUACUGCGCAGCCAUAGGAGCAGAAUGCCUUAAUGAGGUGUGCAAGUGUCCGAAAACAGGGAUAUACGACCCUGCCUCUAAUACAUGUGAUACAAUGCCGGAAUUUCCAUACGGCGAAGACAAUGGUGAUACGAUUCUUAACACUAACGCGCAGUGUAGUCAGGCAGUUCGAUUUGAACCAGGAAUACCCGUAUCGGAUGAAUUGCAUACACGAAUAUUUGUAUGUGCGAAUGGUUACAUUACAUUGGGAGAAGCGUACGCCAGUCCCAGUCCACCAAACGAUCUUGACAGUAUAGCAUCUAAAAUAAUAUUAGGCCCGUUUUACGCUGUCAUGGCUCCGUCAGGUUUUGUUUACUACCGAAAAUAUGACAUUUUGACUUCUCCUACCAUGAGGUCUUUUGAAGAUGUUUUGUUGCUUGAAGACAUUAUCCAUAAGUACGGAGGAGAAGAUAACUUUGAAGCCAAGUUCGUUUUGUUUGUUACGUGGAAAGAUAAAAAGCCAUACCAAUCAAUUUUCAAGCAGAAUUCGAUAUCCACAUUUCAACUUGCAUUAGCAACGGAUGGAUGGAAUACCUUUGUAUUAUUUUCUUACCCAAAAGACAAAAUGAAUUGGUCCGUUCAAAGAACCCAAAAGGUCGAUGUUUGGGUCGGAAUUUCUGUAAGGGGUAAAAAACUCUUCAUUGACCAAUACUCUAACACGCCACCAGUACUGCAAACAGAUAAAACUGCUGCUACAAAAGAUCUAAGGGGAGCUAUGAUAAAAAGACUUUCCGACGAGGAUUCCGUGUUACAAAACUACGCAAUGGAAUGUAUUGACUGGUAUACUGAAACCAAAUACAAAACGAUAGAAAUCAUAGAUAUUUCGAGCCGUCUACCCGACUGUCCUUGUAACACCUUUUCACUUUGGAGGGACCCAUGGUUUACGCUUAACUGGCGCUGGUGGUGGUGGGGCAAUAUCGAUUGUAUUGACAUGCUACCUUCGGAAAGAUUUAGCCCAUAUGGAAAGGAGUGUUGUUAUGAUGCAAGAUCUGGACUCUGGAUCAGUGACGAGUUUCCACAAGCUGGUGGUUUGUAUCACCAUCACCCACGUACCUUUCCCAAAGAGCACAUUAAAACUGACAGUGGCCCAAAAGACAGUUGUUGUGUAAAAUCAGAUUUCUGCCAUCUGUAUUAUGAGCUGCAUCCUGUUGGCGACUGUUACAGAGAGAGCUGGUUCAACUUCGGAUUCUUCUGGGGUGAUCCCCAUAUUCGCACGUUGGAUGGAAAAACGUUUAUCUUUAAUGGACUUGGAGAGUACGUUCUUCUAAUGAUUCGUACCAACAAAACAGACGUUGAUCUUCAAGCCCGUACAAAAAGGGCUGUAAAAGCUGAUGGCAGUUUAUCUCAAGCGACGAUUUUCACCGCAUUUGCAGCGAAAGAUAAUUUUGGAGCACGCUUUCAUGUUGAACUUAAUACAACAGACGACGGUUUGGUUCUUUAUGGAAAUGGCGCUGACCUUACCGAACGAUUCGGUACUGAAAAGUCAUUCUCCUUUUUCCCGACUGGUGGAAACAUUUCGAUGUACCGCGAAAACGACACUCUGAAAAUUGCCUUUAUUGAGAGCGACGUGUCGUUUGAAAUAACAUUUGGAGUUGGCAUGCUUUCCCUUAAUGCUAUUGUUGGCAAACAGUACAAAGGCAAAACUUUGGGUCUUCUUGGAAACUUCGACGACAAGCCUGAUAACGACUUUGUUACCCCAGACAAUGUUGUUCUGGCACCAAACAUUUCGGAGAGCUCUAUAUUUCAAUACGGACAAUCAUGGGAAGUAACCAACACCAAUUCAGCAUUCAUCUACAAAGAUAACGAGGACCACCAAACUUACCAAAAUAACUCUUUUACUCCGAAGUUCCUAUCCGAUGCGGAUCCCGAGAUCGUACAAAAUGCUAUUGAAACAUGUGGAGAAGAAAACAUCGCAUGCACUUUUGACCUUGUCUUUACAGAGGAUAAAAGUGUUGCUGAAAAUACACUCGAGAGGGAUAUGAAGUCAAUUGAACUUAAAGUAGACAACGAGAAACGUACACCGAAGUUACAAACAUGCGGAAGCGUUUGGAUUCAUCCUGGAGAGGCUACAUCAUGCAGUAUUGACUACGACGAUGACACUGUUGAAAUUUCCAUCAUGGACUAUAAUACGACGGUCGCAAACAAUGUUAUUCUUAACAUUGAUGAGACAGAGAAAACAUUGAGUAUCUCAGCUGCAGGCCAUUCGCCGUCUUUUGACAUACGGAUGACUGCAAGGAAUGUAGACAAUAUGUGGUCGCCCAUAGCAACAGUGGUCGUGCACUAUUGUACUGGAUGUAGCGAGCAUGGUGUAUGUUCUAACGUCACCAGAGUAGAUGCAAGAAACACAGACCUCUUCAAAUAUAUGGCGUGUGUUUGUGAGGAACAGUUUAAUGGGACCGACUGUGAAGACGAUUUUGACGGGUGUGCUUCGUCGCCAUGUUCCCUUGGUCGCACUUGCUCAGAUAUUUACAACCAUUCCGCUGGCGGAUCUUCAUAUACCUGUGGCGGAUGUCCUAAUGGAUAUAUUGUUGACAACAACAAUUGCGCAGAUAUUAACGAAUGUCAGACAAAUGUUUCCGUUUGUGAGCAAGAUUGUGUGAAUACGGAUGGAAGUUUUCAAUGCUCUUGCAACUCUGGCUACCGCCUCAGUGGAAACCGUAGAAGUUGUUCAGACAUAAACGAAUGCGAGGAAGCUCGUCAUAACUGUACUCAAGUAUGUUUAAACAAUGACGGAGGUUUUGCAUGCACGUGUCAUUCGGGAUUUCUUUUCAACGAAACCCUCUGGGAUUGUAUCAUUGACACCGAUUAUGACCCAUGUCUGUCAGCCGAUCUUGACUGCAGAAACACGUCGGGAUGUACUCUGAAUCUUGCAAAUGUCACAACAUGCUUUUGUGAAGACGGGUUUGAACUUGAUGCGACAGGACUGAACUGUAAAGACGUCAAUGAAUGCAAUAGAGGCGCCUGUCAACAAGUAUGCUCCAACACAGUCGGGGGAUUUGAGUGCAGCUGCUACCAAGGGUACAGGAUCGACGGGAAAACUGAGUGUAUACCUUGCGAAUCACCAUAUUACGGCAUCAACUGCUCAAUCCAGUGCGCAUGUUCAAGUCGAGGAACGAGGGAAUGUAACUCAGUUCGAGGAUGUGUUUGCGAGGUCGGAUGGAAGGGUAACACGUGUGAUGACGAUGUAAACGAGUGUGAAGAUAAUCCGAACAUAUGUGCCGAUCCACUGACUCGAUGUAAAAAUACGGAGGGGUCUUACUUUUGUCAAUGUAUCACUGGGUAUCAGAAAAUGACUAAUGGAACAUGUACAGAUAUCAAUGAAUGUCAAAUUGGAACCCACAACUGCAGCCAGCAAUGCGUGAACAAUGUCGGCAGCUAUUCUUGCAAAUGUUUGAAUGGAUACACAAGAAAUGGAGACCUAUGCGAUGAUAUUGACGAAUGUGAACUCGGUACAUCAGGAUGUAAGCAAAUUUGCGAAAAUGUCCCAGGACAGUUCAACUGCUUCUGUUAUUUCGGUUACGAACUAAACAGCGAUAGAAAAAGUUGCAUUAAGAUUUCGGACCCAUGCCUUACAUUAUUCAACUUGACAUGUGAACACUACUGCGUGAUCACCGACAACAAUGCCCAAUGUCGAUGUGAACCUGGAUACGAGCUUGGAAUCGACCAACAGACCUGUAUAGACAUAAAUGAAUGUCAAAUCGAUGCAAGAAACCUAUGCGGACAGAAAGGAAAUUGUCGCAAUCUGAUCGGGUCUUUUCGAUGCGAGUGCUCAGCUGGGUGGAAACUGGAAAACGAUGGGCGGACAUGUUCUGAAUGUGACGCACAUCAUUACGGGAUAAAUUGCACGGGUACAUGUACCUGUAUUAAUGGAGUUUGCCAUAAAGAAAGAGGUUGUGAGUGUAAAAAUGGCUGGACUGGAACAUCGUGUGAAAUAGAUCUCAAUGAAUGUGAAACAGAUCAUCAUGAUUGUGACAAAUAUAAUGAUACUAGCAGAACAUGCGUUAACACCCCUGGAAGUUUCAGUUGUGCGUGUAGAAACGGCUAUCACACUGUCGGCGGACUCAUCAAAUGUGCUGAUGUGGACGAAUGUUCUGAUCCUCGGUUGAAUGAUUGUGAUCAAAUUUGCGAAAAUACGGACGGAGACUACACAUGCUCUUGUCAUGAUGGCUACCAAUUUGUCGAUGGUUCAUGUCAAGAUAUUGAUGAAUGUAAAAUACGAAGCCCGUGUGAACAUUUAUGUGAAAAUUUCGAUGGCGGAUUCAGAUGUUCUUGCUUCCCUGGCUACAACCUCAAUCUGACAAAUAGACACUCUUGUAUUGCCAAAACAGAAUGCACGGAUGCGGAGAAAAGCAACUGUUCCGAACACUCCUCUUGUGUCAGCGUUGAUGGCAACCCUAACUGUGUGUGUGAAAAGGGAUUUGAAAUGGAUGAAAGCUACCAGCAAUGCCUCGAUGUUGACGAAUGCAUUAUUGACAGUCCUUGCAAUCAGAAUUGUGAAAACCUUGACGGGGCGUUUAACUGUUCCUGUAAUGUCGGCUUCACUCUUAUGGCAGACAGCAUUACAUGCAGAGAAUGUGAAUCAGGUUUCUAUGGAUUUGAAUGUCAAAGUACUUGUCCUUGCAAUCAAACCAAUACAGUGUCUUGUAACAGUAUAAGUGGAAAUUGCACUUGCAUGCAAGGAUGGACAAAUGAAUAUUGUGAUGAAAACGUCAACGAGUGUGUUUCUGAUACAUACACUUGUCCUGAAAACUCUGACUGCAUUGACACGGAUGGCAAUUACAUUUGUCGCUGUAGAACAGGUUACCUAAAAACAGGGGAUAACAAAUGCACAAAUUGCCCAGAUUGGAAAUUUGGUACUAACUGCGAAAGCUCUUGCACUUGUUUAAAGGAAACGACCAGUACAUGUGACAAAAUUGAAGGAACAUGCUUAUGUGCAAAGGGAUGGACCGGAGACAAUUGUACCAUUGACAUCAAUGAAUGUGAGGAAAAUAACAGUAUAUGUUCUGGAACACCACAUUCGCAAUGUGUUAACAAGGACUGGUCCUAUGGUUGUGAAUGCGUUCAGGGGUAUGACGAUGUCGACUUCAAAUGUGAAGAUGUUAACGAGUGCAAUCAAGUCAGUCUUAACCAGUGUGGUCAAAAGGACAACUGCAGAAACAGUGAGGGUUCUUUCUCGUGCUUUUGCUCUCCAGGAUGGAAAUUAGAAGACGACGGACUAACAUGUGCAGAAUGUGACGGCAAUCAUUUUGGAGAAAGCUGUUCCAACAUCUGCAACUGUGUCCAUGGCGUUUGCAACAGAAUAUCGGGUUGUAUGUGCGAUAGUGGCUGGGAAGGCGAUUCUUGCGGGACUGAUGUGGAUGAAUGUGGGUUCGUUGACUGCACUGAUCAACACCCAAAUACGAUAUGCGUGAAUACAGACGGGGGUUAUGCUUGCAACUGCAAGGAAGGGUUUCAUAUGGAAGAUGAUAACAGUCUUUGUCAGGAUAUUGACGAAUGCGCCGAGAAUCUACAUGAUUGUGAUCAGAUUUGCUUAAAUAUUGAAGGCAGCUUCGAAUGUAAUUGCUUUGAUGGAUUUACCAGAAACAACAACUCUUGCAAGGAUAUUGAUGAAUGCCUAGAUACAUCAGUUUGUGAUCAGAAUUGUGUCAACUUCAUUGGAGGUUAUAACUGUUCAUGCGAGCAUGGUUUUACCCUGGCAGACGACAAUAAAACAUGCUCAGCAAUAACUGAAUGCAACGACGAAGAAACGGCCGAUUGUCCUGAAAAAUCCACAUGUGCAAUUAUAGAUGCUUAUCCUGUUUGUGUAUGCGAUAAUGGGUACAGUAUGACCGAGAAUAGUAUUUGUGAAGACAUAAACGAAUGUGAAAGCGGAACCACUCCUUGUACCCAAGGAUGCACGAAUUUCCCGGGCGCAUUUUCAUGCACGUGCGAAGUAGGAUAUAGUUUACUAGACGACAGAGUUACAUGUGAAGAAUGCGAGUCGUGGAGAUAUGGAGAGAACUGUACAGAAUCAUGUGACUGCGACAACGCCAGAAGCUGUGAUAGAGCAACGGGCGAAUGUGAUUGCAAACAAGGAUGGACGUCUGCCAAGUGUGAUGAAGACAUCAACGAAUGUGAAAAUGUCUCAUUGUUCGAAUGCAUGGACCAUUCUUUCUGUUUAAACACGGAUGGAGGGUACCUUUGCGUGUGUGAAAGAGGAUAUCAACAGACUGAGGAUGAAACUUGUUCAGUGUGCCCAGAGUGGUCCUUUGGUUAUGGGUGUAAGAAACAGUGUGCCUGCAAGCAUGCUACAUCUGCGACAUGUCACCAUGAGACCGGCGCGUGCACGUGCAUCGAGGGCUGGACGGGUAACGAAUGUUCAGAAGAUGUUAACGAGUGUGUAGAAACACCUGACAUCUGUGACAAUACGGCUAACACGAAAUGUGUCAACGUAGAUGCAACUUACCAGUGCGAAUGUAAAGAUGGUUACACCGACGUCAGUGGGCUCUGUGCAGACAUUGACGAAUGUUUGGAAGAUCCAUGCAACCAAGAAUGCACAAAUACGGAUGGAAGUUAUUUCUGUUAUUGCAACCCAGGCUUUACGGAACAGAACAACGUUUGUAAACCAUGCACUGACAACACAUUCGGAACAAAUUGCUUUGGGGCGUGCAAUUGUGAAUCGUCCAACGUCGAGAACGCAUCUCAGUUCUGCGACACCGUUAAUGGAACGUGUCUUUGCAAUCAGUUUUGGACUGGGGUGACAUGCAACGAUGACAUAAAUGAAUGUUUGAUUCCUUCAAUAUGCGCGAAUAAACCAAAUUCAGGAUGUCAUAACACCAGGGGAGGUUUCAUUUGCGACUGCAAGAGGGGAUAUAAGCUUGAAAACAGCAUAUGUGUUCUUGAUAACCAAGGUCAAACGACAGAAACCCCAACAGCUGAGUCUUUUGGGGUAAGGAGAACAGUACGGAUUGAAUACCCGGUGCCCGAUGGAACUGAUUUUGAAGUAUCCGCAACUUUUACAGAGUUUAAUGAGAAGAUACAAAGUGCAUUGAGAGACCUGUUCACGCCGUACACUGCAAAACAAUUUACAAUAGUCAUUUACAAAAUCAGCGCUGGCAGUCUGAUUGUUAAUUUUACUGUAAUGUUUGACGACAAAAAUGUUGACAAAAAUGAUAAAGCUGCCAUUGCAAAGGCAUUUGUUGAUUUGAACGCCGGAAAAGAGAUUGUUGUUGAUGGUGAAACAUUUGCUGCUAAAUUGGUUGAAGAUGGCAUUAGUGAUGCUUGCGAUGUAUAUGUAGAAAUCAUCGGUAAUUGUGCCGAAGGUCAAACGUGCAGAGUAGCAAAUGGUGACGCAGUUUGUAGUGAUGAUACGCCUUCAGGGACCAAUAUUGCCCUGGUUGUUGGCCUGACAAUCGGUUGCUCCGUCCUCAUUGUUGGCGUACUGAUUGCCUUGUGCAUCAGAAAGCUACGUUCAGAAUCCAACCAGAGGAAGAAUGAAACGUCUCGCAGCCGAAGUAUUCACACGGACCGGUCGGGUAAAAGUCAUCACAAGGACAAAAAGUCAGAGAGACUGUCGUCAGUGACGUUUUACGACGGAAACGAGUGGAGGACAGGAGCUCAAGAUUUUGACGUAUACCCUGGUCGAAGGUCCAUUCCAGGAGACCAAAUAGAGGAGAACUUUGCCUCCAUGAGAAUCGAGCGUUCAAGACCGCGAAAUGAAAACAUGCCGUUUUCAGCGCACUUCUGAAUUGCUAACAAGCCUUGGCAAAACGAUAUUUUAUCUUAAACAAAUAUUGUUAUGCUUUGUGUAUUAAAUUGUCAUAGACUGCACACGUGAAAAAAUAGAAUAGAAUAGAUAGAGAUUGGAAUUAUGUGACAUGUAUAUGUAUGUUUUACAAUGUUUUCGAUAACACCUUUAAGAUCAAUCGGAACACCUCGGCCUUUUCCCUUCGAAAACAACCUCGGAUUUGUGCCAGUUUAUUAGCAGAAGUAGUUCGUAAGAAAUCAAAUAAUAGUAUGUAUUAAGAGCGUAGUUUUUUAAAACUUUUUUAUAUUAAUAAGUUCAAAAUAAUUGCCAGUGAAGUAAAUUGUUCCAUGGAAAAUAAGUAUUCGAUCUACUAGCAGCGUAGUUAAAUGUAAAGAAUUCUGACAUUGUAAACCGUCCAUAUAAAUCCGAUGCUGUUUUCGGUGGAAAAUGGCCGAGAUGCUCCGAAUGCUUUUAGAUACGAUAUAAUUUAUAAUUCAAAGGCUUAGCACAAUACUGCUCUAGUGCCUUCUAUUUCUAUAUUGAGUUGCAACCUUCACUAUGCCCUCGAAAUAUGUGUAGGUCAGAGCUAUGGCGAUCCCGCCUUUUGCUGCAAACUCUACGCAGUGUUACUUCCCUUACAUUACAGUAAUGUAUUCUGCUUGUCAGGGGAGAUCACUGCGUUGGAGACUAAUAUUGCUGUAGAAAUAAACUAGAAUUAGAUAUAUAUAUAUAUACAUAAAUAAAAGCAAUGUUACUGAAUAUAAUAAAUAUUGCUUGUCCUACAUGUAUCUAAUAAAUGCAGUUCUGAAAUAAAUUAUAAUUUACUUCACUGACACGAAAUGGACCUCAGUAUUUGCAAUGUAUUAGUGAUGAAUAGUCGGACAAAUGUUUAAAUCGAUACUCGAAAUCGAUUACUGCGCCAUCACUACUAUGUAUACAAUUUUCAAUAUUUGCAUUGUGUAUGUUGUUUGCUUUCUUUCUUUUUUUAGUUUUUCAUCAUUAUUUUAUUAGAAAUAAUAAAAAAAAUACUUUCAAUAGAGUUUAUUGCUUAUCAUUAUUAAUACAACUUUCAUUUGAACACUGGAAAGGGCUAUACCAGUAAAAGAUAACCUUGUGUAGUAUUUCCAGAAAAUGAAUUUGUUUGAAAAUAAAUUCCAUUACAACCCAGACUUAAAGAUUCAAAUAAUCGAUUGUACGUUAACAAGAUGGCCCCAUAAUAUGUGUUUGAAAACGAAAGCCAUCAUGUACAUGUAUUUCCAUUUUCAUCUACCCGGUGGUUGGUUUACCGGUUAGCACAAGUUCGUCGAAAAUAUCAUAUUUAUGUACAUAUAUAUUUUUUAAUAUUGUUAAAAAAAAUUGUCGAGUUUUAGUUACAUUGGUAAUUUAAGUAAGAGUUUGUUAUUCAAUGUUUACAUGCGUUGUUUAUUUGUUUUGUUAAAUGACAUGGAUGUUUUUAUCUUUGUAUUUUAUAUACUUGUCACGUCAUUAUUGGUUGUGUUUUCUCUGUCUUAUCUAUUUCCGCUCUACGUUUUCAACGAUGGUUUGAUAGUCGACCCAAGUUAUCAUAACUUUGAUCAUUUCUGUUUAUUAAAUAGCUACUUAAAAUUG